AUGGUGUCCACAAAGAAGCAGAAGAAGUCCCAGGAGAACAUCUCCUCCAAGUUGGCCUUGGUCAUGAAGUCUGGCAAGUCCCAGCUCGGCUACAAGUCCACCCUCAAGACCUUGAGAUCCGGCAAGUCCAAGCUGAUCCUCAUCUCCAACAACUGCCCACCCCUCCGUCGUUCUGAGAUUGAGUACUACGCCAUGUUGAGCAAGACCAACGUCCAUCUCUACAACGGUAACAACAUCGACCUCGGAACCGGUUGCGGUAAGAAGUUCAGAGUCUCAGUCAUGAGCAUUACCCACGAGGGAGACUCCGAUAUCCUCACCUCCUUCGCCAAG